UUAGUACUAUGUCGCCAUCACGGCUUAAAGCAGCCUAUGUGCAGUAGUACUCUUCUGUGGCGAGCGUAUGACCAUGUCUAAGUUAUGAUAAUUUCACAAAUUAUGGAAGCGAUCAGCUGGGCAGAUUCAUAUAGAGCAUCGUGAAUCGCAGUAUUUGCGUUUGAACACAAUUCUUACGCAGUUAGUUCAUUUCUGGAAGGACAUUCCAAGAACAGCUUUGGCGUGGUUGUCUUUCUGACCUGCAGCUUAGAGCACGAUGCUUUGUUUUCUUAAGAGCAACCAAGAGGGUUUACGAGAUUUUGUGCCCAGAACAGAGUAGAUGGAUCCGAGGAUGCAUCUCCCAACACUGCUUUGUUCGUUCUGAUUCCACCUGAAUAUUUAUCGAAGAAAUUGAGCUUCAAUCAUGGGACCCUGGCGGCACCUUGCCGGUCGUUUUGGAGGCAUAACAUUCUGGAGUGCAUCGACGAAAUUCAGCAAAUGUUCGAGGGUAGCUUCAGCGGAGGGGAGCUCAAGUUCUUGGAGCAGUGCUGCUAAACAAUUAACCGUAUUUGAACGUAGCAAGGAUCAGGGUCAUCAGAGAACAUACUCACAUGUACUUGGAGUACCUGGAAUGUUGGUUCUCGGUUUAGGAGCAAACCAGAUACUGGCCGAAGAGCUUCGCAACAAGACUUCUCCACCACGGGAAGGCUCUAUCCUGAAUGAAGGUCCCGUGCUUCACCUUUCUGAUGAGGGUUUGAUCGCAUCCCAGCCUGGCGAGGCUCCCUCCAAUUCUCACACAGCAAAAUGGAGGAUCUACACAGACAUGGGUCGAGAUUUGUUUUCUAAGGGGCGACUUGACGAGGCAGAAAAGUACUUCAUACAUGCAUUGGAGGAAGCCAAGAAAGGCUUUGGAGAAAAUGAUCCACAUGUCGCUUCAAGCUGCAACAAUUUGGCAGAGCUGUAUAGAAUGAAGAAAGACUAUGCCCGGGCAGAACCAUUAUUUUUGGAGGCUGUUAAGAGGCUUGAAUCAGCAUUCUCUUCGGAGAAUCAUGAGAGUGUUGGGUUUGCUCUCCAUAAUCUUGCAGGCACUUAUCUCCUGCAACGCAAGUUUGACGAAGCUCGCAAGUGUUAUGAGCGCUCACUGAAGAUCAAAGAGAGAAAGUUGGGCCAGAAUCAUCCUGAAUAUGCAAACACGUUGUUCCACCUCGGCGAGGUGUUACGUCUGCAAGGCAACUACAAAGACGCCGAAGAACUUAUUCGUGAUUCCAUUCGGAUUUUAGAGGAAGGAGGAGUUGGGCACUCCCAAACUACGAUCAGACGGAUGGGCCGUCUUGUGGAGAUUUUGACGCUGACCGGUCAGAUGCAGGAAGCUGAAAAUUUACAGAGGAAAAUAUUGCAUGUUUUGGAAUUGUCUCAGGGGGUGGAGGCAACAAAUACAACUAUGGCUGCUGAAAAUCUUGCUGGGACUUUGCAGGCCGUUGGUAAACUGAAAGACGCUGAGGAGCUUUUGCAAAGAUGUUUCCAAGUUCGGCAGAAGAUCCUUCCUCCAAACCAUAUUCAGUUAGGUGUAACGAUGUUCAAACUGGCAUCAGUGAUCAUUCAACGUGGUGACAUGAUAGUCUCAGACAAAGGUGGAUCUAACAUAUCAGAAGCAAAACUAGAGUAUGAAACUGCCGAAGAAUUACUUCAACGUGCAAUCAGAAUCGCAGAGCGCUGCUGGAAAGAGUCGUCUGGUGCAAGGGGCCCAAUAUCACUUCGAGCCGGACCUCUAAUUUCCCUGCUUCGUUCCUUAGAUGCCUUCGGUCGUUUGAAGAUUCGUAAGCUGGAACUGGCAACUGCUCCUGAGGAAAUAAUGGAGGGAACAAAAGAAGCAGAGAAAAGCUUUCUGCAAUGCUUAUACAUACUUGAUAAGUCUGACCUUCCACAAGAGUUGGCCUCCAUUCCUGAGGUUCGACGUCAACACAUUGCCUGCUUGCGACACCUUGCAGGACUCCUCAGCUCUUCUUCUUAUGUCAAUAAAAAUCCCACUACGAAGCAACAAAUUGAUCAACUUUUAUCUAGGUCAGAAAGCGUGGAGGCAGAGCUCCGAGACAGUACCAAGGUUCUAAAAAAUUAGGUUUCUUACAUGCAACGCAAUGGCGGAAACUGCGCAGAGGUACUCAUUUAUCAGGCAAAAAAAAAUAAUGUUCUGUCUUAUUGAUUCUUCGUGGAUAUUCCUGCAACUCACUGAGGAAUGCUAGACAAUUUUGUCAGAAGUCAGGAUGUUAGGAUCCUUCAAAUCAAUCAUAAUUAAAUCUAUGGCUUACUUGGUCAACUUACCAUACGUAAUAAAACCCACCAAACUUUAUCUUUCUGUU